AUGGCCCAGUCACAUUACACAUCUUCCCAAAAAUUGUUAACAUUACAACCUUUCGGUCAGCUUGGCGAGAACCAAUCACUCAAGAAAGCAGACAAGUGGAGAAGACUGCUGACAAUCACACCUGUACUGCUAUGGUGGUCUUGGAAGGAUGAGAAUGAUGAUAUUCCAGAUGCGGAGCCCCCUCAGUCGCCCAAUAUGCAAGCUCCUGAAUUUUCACGCAACUGCCAGCGCAUAUAUGAUGCUGUCUUACUUCUAUGUGCAGCUGUCCAUCUCUUCACAACUCAAUCAAUCUCAAUGUCCCAGGCACGCAUUGGACAAUCAUUUUUGUCCCAGUAUUGCCUCCAGUUGCCUCGAGCUCAACUGCAUAUUGCAGACAUGAUCAAGGCUUAUGGACCUGUGUACUCAUGCUGGUUAUUUGCUUUUGAGCACUUCAAUGGGAUGCUGGAACGUGUCAAUAACAAUGGACAUGGUCGGUUAACAUUGAUGUGUCAUUGGAACGAGAUACCGGGGUGCGGAUGGCUUAAGUGGAUAUGCCUUCAAACCUGGGACUGCACACCAGCGGUCACCGGCCUUAAGCCAGAAGGUCGUGGGUUCGACUCCCGCACAAACCACCAGGGAGUUUUAGUGGGUAUUACUUUGUACCUCUCAAAAAAAAAAAACCGAAAUACCCUCCACGAGAUCCUCAAGAGUCAAGCCCAGCAGCGAGGGAGUAUGAUGACUGAUAUCGCUGUGUAUCAGAGCAAAGCUGCUCAAGGCGAAGUUCAUCAAUCUUUGAACUUUUGGGCCUGA